GUGAGGGCGGUCAAGACGGGGUCAAAUCAUGGUGUGCAGAUUGUGCUGUCCUCCUAUGCGAGGCUUGUGCAAAGAUGCAUUGCAGAAUACCGGCUCUGAAGGAGCAUGAAGUUGUUCCCCAAGAAGCCAUAAAGACAAAGGACGACAUGGAAAAGUUUCGGCGCAAGAAACACUGCAGUAAGCACAAAAACCAGGAGCUGGCGUUCUACUGCAAAAGUUGUAACACUUUGAUUUGUACGGCCUGCACUGUGAUUGAUCAUCGACCAGGCAAGGAUCACAAUACCGUCGAAAUCUCCCCUGUAGCUCAAACGAAGAAAGAAAGCCUGCAGAGUCUUAUGGAUCAACUCACUCCCCGGCUAAAUAGUAUCCAUGUAGCUUUGGAAGAGAUAGAUAAGGAAAAGGCGAAGCUACCCAUUACAAAGAAAGAAGCUACCAGCGAAGCCACAACAUACUUCAACCAUCUUGUCGACCUUAUCAAGAAACAAGAAGAAGCGACUGUGGCUCAAAUCGACACAACUUGUCAGGAGAUCGCCAAAAGUUUGAACACACAGAAAGCGGAACUGGAGUUUGAUGAGACCGGAAUAAGAAGUGCAUACGAGUUUUGCAAACAAGCAGUGGAGCACGGAAGUGACGUACACAUUGUGGAGGUCGAAGGUCAAGUCCAGAAGAGAGUAGAGGAUCUACUUGCCAAGCGAGCUGAUAUGACGCCACGACUAGGAGAGGUCAACUUCGUGAAAAGCACCAACGUUACUGACUUCGAGAAACAACUUACCAAGCUAGUCGAUGUAGUAGCGAUGCGUAAUGUAGACCCAUCGAAGUGCUCUGUCGUUGUUAAGCCUGCUGUGGUAGGAUUUGUCAAUAUUUGCCUUCUGAACACUAUUGACAAGAAUGGGAAGCCGUGUGACAUAAGACGCGAGGAUAUCGCAGCCAACUUAAAGGACUCUUUAGGAAAGCCGGUACAGCUACAGUUAAAACAAACGGGAAACGGCGUGUAUGAAAUUUCGUACAAGACACAGGAUAUAGGUCGUUAUGUGUUAGAGGUCAAGGUAAGAUCACAACCUGUGGCAGGUAGUCCUGUUGAUAUUACUGUGCAAGGAAGGGACACGCCAGUGUUAACUAUUGGGCGGGCGGGGAAAGUGAAUAAGCCGGUAGGUGUAGUGGUUGAUAAAAGCGGCAAAAUUGCCGUUGUGGAGCAAGGGAACAGGCGAGUUCAGGUGUUUGACGUAGAGAAAGGCCACUCUUUGAAGUGUUUCUCUGUUGACGGUGAUUGUCCAUUCGGUAUUGAUGCGGACUCAAAUGGAAGGUUUCUUGUGACUUCUUGGGGCCAAGGCUACGGAAUAAGAUGCUUCGCUGGGGAAGGCAAACUCUUGAACACGUUCAGACCUGGCUGUAUGGGAUUAAUUCCACUCGGUCUAGCCGUUCUGGGAGACGAUCGCAUGAUUUUGGCGGACAAGCAGCAAAAGUCCUGCCUCCUUUUGCGUUCUGAUGGUAGUCUCAUCCGGGAAAUUGGGAAGGGACUUUUACAGGAACCAUUGUUUCAUAGCGGUGGAUGAAUCACGUGACCUGUUCUACGUCACCGACAACAGUGCACACGUAGUGUUUACGUUUGACCUUACGGGAAACCAUAGGUUCGCCUUUGGCAAAGAAGGCCGGAAUGACGGUGAGUUCCAAAACCCGUCAGGUGUAGCGCUAGACCAGGCAGGUAACAUCAUUGUAGUGAACUGCCAUGACGGUCGACUACAGGUGUUUGGGCCUGACGGCACGUUCAAAGAAAAGAUUGCUACAAUUGAGGGAAGAUACUCUUACGGAAUCGCCCUGACUCCUGACGGCUGUGUCGCUGUGGCCCGCUUGUACCGAGGUUGUGUAGAGAAAUACAAGUACAAAUGAUGGCUGUAUUAGAUUUGAUUUUUCUUUCAUGUACCAAACGAUUCUACUUUGUACGUGUACAUUAUUUUUGUGUCAUGUUAUGUAACAAGUAUGAACAACUGCCAAUUCCAUACGAGAAAAAUGGCAAGAAGAGCAACCUCUUGGUAUAGCAUAUUGAAAGAGUGAAUAAAGACAAAACUUGCAACUUGC